ACAACUUCUGUGUAAAUCUCAAAUGGUAUUAAAAUAGGUUGCCAGUUGCCUAGUCUAGAUUCGUAGUUUACUAUAUCUAUGAAAUGUGAAAUAUUGCGUUUUCAGUCAUCAUUUAUCACUCCGGUUCAGAUCUCGUCCCUGUGAGGACACCUUUCGCGACCUUGUGUAAAAAUUAUGAUCCGUAUUGUAUUGAUAACGACGUACAUAGAAUCUGACAAGUGAGCAGUAGAAAUGGUGUAAUUGCGUGUGUUUUGAUUUGGCAAUUGAAAGGAAAAACCGAGAACUCGAUCAAAAUGUGGAUGGAUCAGGAAGUGUUUUCUUUGUGCGACAGCUCCCCGGACAGCCUUUACGACAUUUGCAUGGGAUAUGUGGUCAACAAUUUGGACGUAAUCACAACACAAGAUCAACUCAGUCGAUGGCGUAAGUUGAGAGAUAAUAUUAUCCUGCCAGCUGAAAUAUGUGAACGAUUUCUAGAAGCUUACCAGAAGAAGAAUCGCGUCAAUGAUAACGUCGCGAAUAUAUUUCGUGACCGUGAUCGCACACGCUUGACAAUCAUCAAACUGCGGAAUGCGAGGAUCACAGAUGAAGGCCUGCGAUGUUUGAUGGAGCACAAACCAGUCACAGUGGAGCUCGUGCAGUGCGAAUACUUGUCGCAGGCAUCCAUAGACAUCAUCAGUGAAAAUAAUGAGAAUCUAGUGGCUCUGAAAUUUGGCCCGCUCACUUUUACACCCACACCAACAUAUUCGUCAGACAGUUUCUACCACAAACGGCGCCCGGAGGCACACAAGCUGCGACGUUUGACUGUCCAAUGCAGAGGUAUGCUGAUAAUGCCACUUAUGCUAUUGAAGCCACUGAAGAACCUCACUCAUCUCGAUCUAUCAGAAUAUUCAUCUGCCGGAGCCUACUCAUUGUGCGAGUUGAAAUGUCUACGCUCGCUGAUAUUGCACAAUGUGCUCUGGUCAAAAGAGAUCAUUGACUGGAUCUGCGUGCUACACAAUCUGCGUCACCUUGAUUUAUCACACUCUAAUGACAGACAUGGGAAAUAUUACAAUCCCAAUGAGAUAUUGUUGAAGCUGGUGAGCAGACUGCCACAUCUGGAGUCACUUGAUAUUUCUGGUACAAAUCUGGCUGGGAAUGGAGCUGCUGCUCUGUCGAUAGUGAAAGAUGGAGAGCAGGAAUGCAUUGAGGUCCAGGCACGCUGUGACAUCCCGGGGCUGGUGACUCGCGUGCACAACCCACUGGAGUUCCUCGGCUUGUAUGGCACUCAUCAUGGAGCUUGCAAGAGACAUGACAUCCCAGCUAAAGUGAUUUCCGGCGAUGCCAACGAGGAGCAGAUCCUGACAGCUGCCAGGGCGUACAUCGAGAGACCAGCGAUGCUGACUCGCGUGCUGAACGACCUGUACUAUCUGUUCAGAUACGAGAAUAUUGCGUAUGUGGGCCGAGCGCUCAAUGUCGUGCUGAGAGCCAUGGAACAGUACGUGUCGGAGAAGCCCAUACAGAUUUCGGGAAGCGCAACACUGUUCUACAUAGUAAAAGGGAAGGAGAAGCCGCGCAUCGGCAUGAAGCUCAAGCGUCGCAUCAUCACCGCGCUGCUGGAUGGUAUGGACGCCCAUAUCGGUGAUGACACGAUGAUGAGGAACGGCUGCCUGACACUCUGCCAGUUCAAGAUACCCGGCGAUGUGCUAUACGAAUACGAGCGCGUGGUGCAAAUCCUACUCAACGUGGCAGAAGCUAAUCAAGAGUGGUUCGUGCAGCGCAUCGCUAUAUAUCUGCUGAACUCGCUCGCGUGCCAAGUGGACGGCAAACAGAAGCGUUUCCUUGGCAACAAGGGGGCUAUAGCGAAAAUGCUGAACGUGAUAUCCGAGCGCCUCAACCGUCGCGUGUGCGAUGACGUCAUGGAGGUGGCUUGGUCCACCAUGUGGAACGUCACCGAUGAGACGCCACAGAACUGCCAGCGGUUCUUGGAUAAUCGCGGGAUGGAAUACUUCCUUACGUGCUUGAAGUGCUUCCCGGACAAGGACGAGCUACUCCGCAACAUGAUGGGGUUGCUAGGCAACGUGGCUGAGGUGCCCCACCUUCGCCCUCAGCUGAUGGACACGCUGUUCCUAUCCGUCUUCUAUGAGCUACUGGACUCCGCUAGCGAUGGCAUCGAGGUGAGCUACAACGCAGCAGGCGUGCUGGCGCACAUCGCGUCGGACGGGCCGGACGCGUGGACGGUCGCGGAGCCGUCGCGCGACGCCGUGCUCGAGCGCGUGGCCGCCGCCGUGCAGCGCUGGGACCGCCUCGCCGAGCGCAACAUCAACUACCGCAGCUUCCAGCCCAUCCUCACGCUGCUGCACGCCUACCACACGCCGCAGUGCCAGCACUGGGCCGUGUGGGCGCUGGCCAACCUCACCAGCGUGUACCCGGAGAAAUACUGCAACCUGGUGGAGACCGAGGGUGGGUUGAAUCUUCUCCACGAGCUGCUGCGCCAUCGCCGGCCAUACGCCACCAUCAAGGAGCUGGCCAUCAUCGUGAUCAACAACUGCACCCGCUUCACACGCGAGAACCCUCCACCGUUUGAGAGUCCGGACAACUAACUAGAGGAGUUCAUUGAGGGCGUCAGCCCUCAAAUACGGGAAUAGCCAAUCGUUGCCGAAUGGCUUUUAGCGUUCGCAAACAAUUUGGUGGUGAUCGUCGCCGCGCUGCGAGUGCUAAUCGAUUUCCCGUAGACUGGCCGACUGGCCCAGUGUCGUCCAACAUGGGUCAUCAGUGGAAGUGAUGUUUGAAGUGAAGUGAACAAUUUUGUGCUCGGAUUUGUGCAGUGUUCGGACAAUGAUGGCAAAUGUCGGCUGAUAUGGGUUUAACUGGCUUUUAGUUAAACAUUUGGACGCAAACUUCAGUGUGAACACAAGUGUUUAUUCUAUUUAAAAUAAAGUUAAUAUAAUAUGAUUAGUUGUAAGCUUGUGCUUCGAUCUGCUCAGCUUCUAAAGGGUUUUUCGCUCUCUGUGUGUAAAUAUAACUUAUAUAACAAUACUAAUGAAUUGAAAAAAAAUUUUAAACUCUCUUAAAUUUUAACCUUUAGGACCGUUUUGUUUCACAAAAAAUUCAUACUUAGUCACCGUUCAAAUGUGCGGCUUGCCUUGAAAAUAUUGUAUAAUUACGUUAUGAGAACAAAAAAUGUUUAUGGGAGUGUUAUUGGACUUAGAAUAUUUGAGAUUUUAUAAGCCUACAUUUUUAUGGGUAGUACCUAAAAAAUAUGUGAAAAUUAUAAGUGGGCUAAUAUCAACAAAAUUAAGAUUUUUGUGAGAAGGUGUAAAUAGAAGGUCCCUAACUAAGUUACCCCGAAACACUAAGGCUUGCUUCUAGCUGCCGAAAUUGAAUUGUUCAAAUAGUAAAUUCUCAUUCAAAAAUAUCGAAGAAGAAAAAUUAGCUAAACUUGAUCCUUCUCUAUUAUUCAAUCAUUUGAUAGGGACCUCUAAAUACUUUUAGCUAUUUAAAUAGGCAUUUACGUGAGUUAUAAUAAUGCAGGUUCAUUAUUAUCAGUUAAUACAAACUAUUUAAUUGAAAUUUAUAAAUCUGAUUUUAUGUUUCACAAUUUAACAAUUAUCUUUGUAAAUAUUAAAUAGGUUUGCGAUAUUUUUUAAAUGGUAUGACAUAUACAUUAGGUAUCAGAAAUAAUGCAAUAAUAUUAAUGGAAUUGAGAUACAUAAUAAUUAAUAUAAUAAUAAUAUUUAAUAAUGUAUUAUAGAUUUUAUUGCAAUGCGCCGAAAUAAUUUUAGUCUAUGGUACAAAGAUAGGGUUUGUUCCGGCAAACCUCAUCUACAAUAGAAUAAAAAUGUUUAGAUUUAACAAAUGUGAGCGCUAUCUUGGAAAAUUUGACUCGUAUAACAUAUUUAAUAUUAAUUGUUAUUUAAUUUGAUCGGCACAUCGUUUAGUUUUAGUAUUUAUGGUAAAUGUUGCUUCCCUCAGUAAUAAGCGUAUCUUCAAAGUUGUUUAUAACCGUCUUUUGAAAUUAGACAAUAUAUAUAUGAAUAUCUUUUAAUGGCAUAGAUUUAUUAUUGUAAGUAAAGUGUAUAAAAUGUUAGUGCAUGCUGAUUUUUAACACUACAUAGUAGUGCGGGAAGCGAUGGGAACAUUGAGUUUGUAAAUAGAAAGUUGGUCGGAUGGUUGGUGACUAAAAUCGCAAUUGAGAACUAGGAUCUGACUUACGGGGCAUCUAGAAUAUUCAAGAUCUACAGUAUGGUUGACAAUGUAUAUUUGGUAGGGUCUAUAUGUUUAGUUUUUGAUUAUAUAGUUCCGUGCAAUUUUAGUCAACUGUUUUAAGGUUCCUAAGGCACGCACAUCACUGAAAACGUCGACAAAUAAUAUGUAUGUGUAUAAUAUAGUAAGUUUGAGGGAUUAACGAUCUAAUAUUUGAUCAUACACAGCACAACAACCAAAAUUUA